UUCAGCAAUUUGCAAUUAAUGGCGAGUGUGGAGGAAGGUCCAUUGCCAUACAAUUUAUGGGAAGGGGAGAAGAGCAGCUCGUCGAAUUCGAAUCCAACAGAUGCAGUUAUAUUUGCGGGAAUCAGUUUGUUAAUAGGAGUUUCAUGCAGAACUCUCCUUCGCCGUACUUUUAUUCCUUACACUGUCGUUUUGCUCAUCAUUGGCACCGCCCUCGGCUCUCUCGAAUUUGGGAGUAAUUAUCCACUGGGAAAGCUUGGGAAUGGAAUUCGAAUAUGUGCAGAUAUAGAUGCUGAUCUUCUAUUAGCUGUAUUCCUCCCUAUACUGAUUUUUGAAGGCGCAUUCUCCAUGGAGGUGCACCAAAUAAAGAAAUGUAUGGCACAAAUGCUUUUGCUUGCUGGUCCUGGUGUACUGAUUUCAACUGUUCUGAUCGGUGCUGCUGUGAAGCUUGCUUUUCCAUAUGACUGGAAUUGGAAAACAUCAUUAUUGUUGGGGGCAAUUCUUAGUGCUACUGAUCCUGUGGCUGUUGUCGCGCUGCUUAAAGAUCUGGGAGCUAGUAAAAAGUUGAGCACAAUUGUUGAAGGAGAAUCUAUGAUGAAUGAUGGGGCAGCUAUUGUGGUUUACCAGCUUUUCUAUCGAAUGGUUCUUGGGAAAAGCUUUGGCUGGGUUGCAGUGCUGGAAUAUCUUGCACAAGGCUCACUUGGAGCUGUCAUCAUCGGACUUGUGUUUGGAAUGGCAUCUCUUUUCUGGCUUCGGUUUGUAUACAAUGAUACAUUGAUAGACUUUUCAUUGGCUCUUACCGUGAGCUACAUUGCUUACUACACAGCUCAAGAGCAAGCUGAAGCUUCUGGUAUCUUGACUCUUGUAGCACUUGGGAUGGUUUUCGCAAUGUCAAAGGAUACCCAUACAGCUGGUGGAAAGCAGAGCUUGCAUGAGUUUUGAUUCAAGCAUUGCCAAUACCUAGCUGUGGCUCUCUUUUGUUGAGAUAGUGUUACGUAUGAUGUCUUCUAUGUGAAGGCAUAGUUAACAGAUGUAUCUAGGGGAAUAUUUUGUCAAAAUCAAAAGGUUGGAGUACAUAUGGUUUUAAGCUAAAAGGGAAGGUUCAUAGUCAAACCUAAGGUCUAUAACCUUUACACUGGAUCAGAGCCAGACCCAUCUCAAUUUUUGGUUGAUCCAUGUUAGAUUAUCCAAGCUCAGAUGUGCAGAGAGGGUGCUGAUACAAAUGGAGUGUUGUUUCCUUAUAUGGUCUUUGUGCAAUCCCUGUCCUCGUGAGCUAGCUUUGGUGUUGAGUUAGAUCCAAAAUCCAUUUUUCUAAAGGUCCUGAGUUCAGUCUCACUGGCAUGCAUUACCAGAAACAGAAUCUGCAAGUGGCCGAUGACAAAGGAUCGGGCCUGCACAUGAGGGGGCGUGAUGAAGGCAUAAUUAAGUAAUUAAAAAGAGUGCUCUUUAUAGCAGUUUAAACUAUUAGAUGAGAUUGUCCCACACUUCAACAAUGUUUAAUAUUUAAAUGUAUACCCUUUUGUGAUUAAUACGGAGCUCCAUUAGUGAGGGUGUGAAGAAAGUCUAUUGAAAAUAGAAAAAAGACUAUGUAAAAUGGCACUUAUCCAGGUUCAUUGGUGAAAUUUAACUUU